AUGAGUGGUUCAGAUCCCGUUUCGCUUCUGCUUGCACAGACAGCGGGUCAACCGAGAUCUGGCCCACUUCCACCGAAGGAACCAAUAAAUGAAACAAAGCCAAAUUAUAAAUUUACAAAUGCUCAAAUUCCGAAUAUUAAUGAACAGGGCGAUGAUCCAAUUUCAAAACUACUUAGCCAAGGUAAGGCCCAAAGUACAUUACCUGAUCCAGUUUUGGAUCUUUUAAAUCAAACAUCUGACAAAAAACAAAACGAUAAUACGCAAAAUCCUGAUAAUAACGUUUUGCAUCAAGCAAUUUUAUCUGGAUUAGGCGCUGCACCUAAAAAGGAGCCCGAGAAUCAACAAGAAGAAAAAAUUAAAUUUUCUAAUGCUUUAAUUCCAAAAUCCACAGAUAAUCCAACAGACCCUGUUAAUGAACUGUUAAAUCAGUCUUCAAAAAAGCAGGAGAACUUCAAAUUUAAAAAUUCAAUUAUUCCAAAAUCAACAGCCAACAAAGACGACCCAGUUAACUUACUUCUUAACCAAACAGCAAAUAAGAAAGAACAACCAAAUCAGCCAGCCAAAUUCGUUAAUUCCGUCAUACCAAACACAAAUGAGACAAAGAACGAUGAUGUUAGUGCCGUUCUAUCACAAACAGCAAAUAAAGUUGCUGCACCUGUCCAAAAAGAGGCCGAAAAGUUCAAAAAUGCAAAAAUACCAAAACCAGAAGAUAAUCCAAAAGAACCUGUUAGUGCUGUAUUGCUACAAGGCAAAGGAAUGAAAGCCAAGCCAGCUCCACCUCCUGAACCUAAACAGGAAGAAAUUAAACCAUAUGUUUUCCCAGAUUCCAUCAUUCCAUCAACAAUUGAGGGCUUGGAAGAUCCAGUUUCAUGUCUUCUUCGCCAAGGUGGCAAAGCCAAAUCAGAAGACAACCCAAUGCUUCAACUUUUGAGGAAAUCUUCAUCAAAGGCUGUUGAUGAGCUCUUUACAAUGCUUUCUUCAAGAGAUACGGAACAAAAUGAAGAAGUUGUCCUUAAAGGAAACGACAUUAUCGAUAAAAUCCAGCAAAAUCCACAAAAUCCUGUUGUAGUACUUGGAAAAGAAGACGAUAAAGAAGACGAUGAUAAUGGCCAGCCAAUUACACUCUCAGUUCGUCAGCCGUCUUUUUCAAAUUUGAAAGGCCACUUAAUUCCAAAAGGAGCUCCUGCAACGAACUUAGAAUCUUUGCAAGAAACAAGUUCUACAGGUGGCCAAGGAACCAAAUUAUCAAAGAACGGCAGCAAUAAAAAAGUUUCUUCAAAUGCGGAAAUUCUUCUUGAGAAACUUCAAAAUGAGGAUAAUCCGGUGAUCAUUGCUGGUGAAGAAAAUGCCGAAAAUGAUGACGCUCCCAUUGGUUUGUCAGUCAGACAACCAUCAUUUUCAAAUCUUCAUGGCCAGCUCAUUCCAAAGGGCGCUAAAUCAUCACAGAUAUUGCCAUCACUCGAUGAACAAGGCAGUUCCAAGAAACCAGAGCCUAAAACCGAAAAACAAAAAUCUCCAAAGAAGGCAUCCCCUCAAAAACAAUCAGAACAGAAGCCACAUGAUAAGAUUAUCGAAGGAGAAGAUGAUGGUCAGCCAAUCACCCUUGGUGUCAGACAAAUGUCAUUUUCCAGACUUCACGGACCACUUAUUCCAAAAGGCUCUACAGAGGCGAUCAACCAGGACUUAGUUAUCGACGAAGCUCCUGAAGAAAAGAACAAACCAAAGCCACAAGAGGACACAUUCGCUGAUGAGCCGGAAGAACUUGAACCAGCCGGCCAAAUAACGCUUUCCGUUAGACAGCCAUCGUUCUCCAACCUCCAUGGAGCCCUAAUUCCUAAAGGUUCGACUCAUGAACUGCCAUCAAAAAGCGAUACUGUUAUCGUUGCAGAGAAACCAACAGCGGAACAGCAGGAACAGAUCAUAUUAAACGAAAUCUCAGCGAAAGACCCAGUCCAAGGCGAGAUUUUGCGUUCAUUACAUAAAAUUAACACCGACAGAUGGAAAGAACUCGGCUACGACCCAGCCACCGGUCUUGCCAUUGAUGAAGAUGCAACAAAGACCAGUUCUUACGUCAAAGUUAUUGAGGUUGAAGAAAAAGAUUCACUUGCAAAGUGUAGAACUCAACCAGAAGGCAAAGACUUGCACUUAGAAAUGCCUCUUUCUGAGAGUACAAGUGAACACGCUACUGUAGACUCCCUUCCUUCAGAUGCUUUCGAUCAAAUGGCCAAAGCUAUCGAACAAGAAAAUGAAAAUCAAGAGGACAAAUUCGAUGAUGACUUUGAAGAGAAAGAUGAUUCACAGCCACUCAGAAUCAACUCUGCUGGAGAGCGCAGAAAACAAUCCCAAAUCUUCGACAUCUUGCCACCAUCAAUGCAAAAGAAAGAAGAAAACAAAUCAAAAAAAAAGAAACAAAAAGUGUCAAUAAAGAACAAAAAAGUGACAAAAAAGAACCAAAAAGUGUCAAUAAAGAACCAAAAAGUGACAAGAAGGAAACAAAAAGUGACACUAAAGUACAAAAGGCAGAAAACAAGCCACAAAAGUCAUUUAUUACACAACCAGAUGAGAAACCACAACAAAAGAAGAAAGGAAUCAGUUCAAGUAGUACGCAGACAAGUGUUAGUUCUAAAAAGAGCAAACCAGCAACUGCAGGAAACUUAG